CUUGCACUCGGCGGGGGGGCCGGCCGCUUCAGAAGCCAUCCGUGUGUGGAGGAGUGACCCGGGGAUUUCAUGAUUACCGCAUGACAGGGAAAAGCCUGGGGACUGCACGGGUCGGAGGGUUGUCCUUGAAGCAAACACCGGGUGGAUUGUGAGACAGAGUCGUGCCCUGUUUUCGCCAGUUAGAGUGGAGAGUCUGUGCGAUUCCACGAUGCCGGUGUUUCACACGAAAACCAUUGAGAGUAUCCUGGAGCCGGUGGCUCAGCAGAUAUCUCACCUGGUCAUCAUGCAUGAGGAGGGAGAAGUUGAUGGCAAAGCGAUUCCUGAUCUCAGUGCGCCCGUGGCCGCUGUACAGGCAGCUGUCAGCAACCUUGUGCGGGUGGGGAAGGAAACUGUUCAGACCACAGAAGACCAGAUUAUGAAGAGAGACAUGCCUCCAGCCUUUAUUAAGGUGGAGAAUGCUUGUGCCAAGCUAGUAGAAGCAGCUCGGAUGCUGAGAACAGAUCCGUAUUCUGUUCCGGCCCGAGAUUACCUUAUCGAUGGCUCCCGUGGAAUCCUCUCAGGCACAUCAGACCUGCUACUUACCUUUGAUGAGGCAGAGGUACGUAAGAUCAUCCGUGUCUGUAAAGGCAUCUUGGAGUACUUGACAGUAGCAGAAGUGGUGGAGAGCAUGGAGGACUUGGUCACAUACACUAAAAACCUUGGACCAGGGAUGACGAAGAUGGCAAAGAUGAUCGAUGAACGGCAGCAGGAGCUGACACAUCAGGAGCACCGCAUGAUGUUGGUCAACUCCAUGAACACGGUGAAGGAGCUGCUGCCUGUACUCAUAUCAGCUGUAAAAAUCUUUGUGACCACCAAGUGUGCCAAGAGCCAUGGCGUGGAGGAAGCCAUGAAGAACAGGAACUACACCUUUGAGAAGAUGAGUGCUGAGAUCAAUGAGAUCAUCCGAGUGCUGCAGCUCACUUCCUGGGAUGAAGACGCCUGGGCCAACAAAAAGGACACAGAAGCAAUGAAGAGAUCGCUGGCACUGAUUGAGUCGAAGAUGAAUCAGGCUAAAGCCUGGCUCAAAGAUCCUAAUGGUCUACCAGGGGCAGCAGGCGAGCAUGCUCUGCGUCAGAUUCUUGAUGAGGCCGGGAAAGUGGGAGAGCUGUGUGCCGGGAAGGAGAGAAGGGAAAUCCUGGGAACGACUAAGACGUUGGGACAGAUGACUGAUCAGGUGUCAGACGUGCGACUCAGAGGUCAGGGGCCUACACCCAUGGGCAUGCAGAAGGCCCAGCAGGUGGCACAGGGUUUGGACAUCCUAGUGGGGAAAGUGGAGAAUGCUGCUCGCAAACUGGAGGCCCUGAGCAAUGCUAAGCAGGCUAUUGCUAAGAGGAUAGAUGCUGCUCAGAGCUGGCUGGCUGAUCCUCAUGGAGGUCCUGAAGGAGAGGAAAAUAUCAGAGCUCUGUUAGCCGAAGCCAAGCGCAUCGCUGAUCUGUGUGAGGACCCCAAAGAGAGAGAUGACAUUCUGCGAUCUGUUAGUGAAAUCGCUGGCCUCACCGCCAAACUCGCUGAACUUCGCAGACAGGGUAAAGGUGAUACUCCUGAAGCCAGACUGCUGGCCAAACAGAUUGGCACUGCUCUACAGAACCUACAGGCCAAGACCAACCGUGCUGUAGCCAACAUGCGGCCAGCCAAGGCUGCUGUGACCCUGGAGGGCAAGAUGGAGCAGGCUCAACGCUGGAUCAACAACCCCAAUGUGGAUGACCGUGGAGUUGGUCAGGCUGCUAUCCGUGGGCUGAUAGCAGAAGGCCGCAGACUGGCUAACUCUCUUCCAGGGCCGUACAGGCAGGAGCUGCUGGCGAAGUGUGAGCGUGCGGAGCAGCUGAUGAUGCAGCUGUGUGACCUGGCUGCUCGGGGAGAGGGAGAAAGUCCUCAGGGUCGUGCCGUAGCUGCUCAACUCCUUGAUGCUCUUAAAGAUUUGAAAGCAAAGAUGCAGGAGGCAAUGACUCAGGAGGUCUCUGAUGUAUUUAGUGAUACUACGACUCCAAUCAAGCUUCUAGCUGUGGCAGCUACAGCUCCACCCGAGGCUCCCAACCGGGACGAGGUCUUUGAUGAAAGAGCAUCUAACUUUGAGAAUCAUGCUAACAGGCUGGGGGCCACAGCAGAGAAAGCUGCUGCUGUAGGGACAGCCAAUAAGAGUACAGUGGAAGGGAUCCAGGCAACAGUGAAGUCAGCCAGGGAGUUAACACCUCAGGUUACUUCUGCUGCACGUAUUUUGCUCAAGAACCCUGGAAACCAGGCAGCGUACGAACAUUUUGAGACCAUGAAAAACCAGUGGAUUGACAAUAUUGAAAAAAUGACUGGUUUGGUAGAUGAGGCUAUUGACACUAAAUCCCUCCUGGAUGCCUCAGAAGAAGCCAUCAAAAAAGACAUCGAUAAGUGCCGUGUGGCUAUGGCGAACGUUCAGCCCCAGAUGCUGGUAGCUGGAGCCACUAGCAUUGCCAGACGGGCUAACCGGAUACUCCUGGUGGCUAAGAGAGAAGUGGAGAACUCUGAAGACCCUAAAUUCAGAGAGAUGGUGAAAGCAGCCUCAGACGAACUGAGCAAAACAAUUUCGCCCAUGGUUAUUGAUGCCAAGGCUGUAGCAGGAAACAUCCAGAAUCCAGGUCUUCAAAAAAGCUUUCUGGACUCAGCGUACAGGAUUCUGUCUGCUGUUGGGAAAGUCCGAGAAGCCUUCCACCCUCAGGAACCUGACUUCCCUCCUCCUCCUCCAGAUCUGGAUCAGCUGCAUGUAAAUGAUGAACAGGCUCCUCCGAAACCACCGCUGCCAGAGGGAGAAGUUCCUCCCCCCAGACCUCCUCCUCCUGAGGAGAAGGACGAGGAGUUCCCUGAACAGAAGGCCGGGGAGAUGGUGAGCGAGCCGAUGAUGGUGGCCGCCAGGCAACUACACGACGAAGCCCGCAAGUGGUCUAGUAAGCCCGACGCGACAGACGAGCGUUUUGUGACCGCUGCGGCGGACGUAGAUAUAGACGAUGAGGACGAGUUCACAGACAACGAGGACGAUUACGAGCCUGAACUGCUCUUAAUGCCCUCCAAUCAGCCCGUUAACCAGUCCAUGCUGGCUGCUGCCCAGUCCUUGCACCAGGAAGCUCGCAAGUGGUCCAGUAAGGGUAAUGAUAUUAUUGCAGCAGCUAAGAGAAUGGCCUUGCUGAUGGCUGAAAUGUCACGUCUGGUGCGUGGAGGCAGCGGCAACAAGCGCGCUCUGAUCCAAUGUGCUAAAGACAUCGCCAAGGCCUCUGAUGAGGUCACGCGGCUGGCUAAAGAGGUGGCUAAACAGUGUACUGACAAACGCAUUCGCACCAACCUACUGCAGGUGUGUGAGCGGAUCCCUACCAUCAGCACUCAGCUGAAGAUUCUGUCCACGGUGAAGGCCACCAUGCUGGGACGCACUAACAUCAGCGAGGAAGAAUCAGAGCAGGCUACUGAGAUGCUGGUCCACAACGCACAGAACCUGAUGCAGUCAGUGAAGGAGACGGUGAGAGAGGCCGAGGCAGCCUCCAUUAAAAUCCGUACAGAUGCAGGGUUUACUCUCCGCUGGGUCAGAAAGACCCCCUGGUACCAGUAAAGCACCAGUUUCUUCCGUCAUGUUCUUAGUCUUGCCUUUUAGAACACUAAGAUCUAGUGGCCUAACGGAGCGCGAAAUCGAAACGACAUGUUACACUGAUGGACACUGAUCAUAAAUGUUAUGAGUUCAUGCCUCACUCUUUGCUUUGUGAAGGAAUUAUUAUCAUUUUUUUGUGGUUAUGGUUCUUAAGGUUUGCUCUUGUCCCUUUAUCUCUCACUAUGUUUAAAAAGUAGGACUAUAUAGGAUGAAGAGUUUUUAAAUAUAUAUUUUUGGUAUGUUGGGUUUCAUGAACUGAUCCAAAUUUCAGGUAUAUAUAUAUAUAUAUUUUUUGCAUGAAGAGGUUUUUUUUCCUUUUUCUAUUUUGUAUUGAAGGACUAUGAGUCAACCUUGUGAACACCUCUCUCAUGAGGUCAUAAGGUUUUCAUAUUGAGAGUGUAUAUAUUUAUAUUUCUUAACGCUGUCUACACCUGAUUAUUAAUUAUACAUUUCAGUAAAUGAAACGCGUAACUCGAGAACGUUUUUAGCUUUACUCACAUGCGCUGAUUGGAUUAGGUAUUAAUUCACCUUUUAAUGAAGCUUUGUUAUUUAGCCUAUAUUUACAGAAAGGAUAUGAUUGAUGUCGCAACGAUUUUUUUUUUUUUUUGCUGGUUGCCUCACAAAUUGACACCAAAGAUUCUGUUAGUUGUAGUUCUACUUCUAUAAUCUUAGCACUGUCUGAAGAAAUAAAUAUAACUUUAAUGUAUUUGAGCUUUACUGAACUUUGGAUUACGUUUAAACCAUGCCACCACUCAGUGCUCACCACUUAAAAUAGCUUGUGUGUGUGUGUGUGUGUGUGUGUGUAUUUGCUGACCACUGUAGAAAGAUUUAAUCAUUGUGAAAUGACCUCAUUAUGGUCAGAAAGUUAAGAUGAAUCUCUGAAGCACAAUCCAUGCAACAGUUAUUUCCAGUCAGCAUCAUAUAAACAUCAAAGUCAGUCUUAUUUUGAAAUAAUCCGUACUCUAGACCUGGCUCUUUUGAACUUGACAUCACCAUGUACAAAAACGCUACAUAUAUACAUAACUACCUCUAUAUUGACAUUUUGAGAAGUAUAAAUGUAGAGCUAGUAAAAAAUUGCAGCAUAAUACACAGAACGUCUGUUUGGACAAAGGUCAUUGAGCUCUCAUGGUUCUUCACUUCUUAUGGAACAUCCUCUAUUUUCCUGCAGGCUGGACAAAAAACUUCAAAUUAAAAGCCAGGUCUGUUAAAAAGAAACUGUCAAAUAAUAAUUCUUUCAUACAACUGUUCAAGAUGCAUAAUCUAAGUAAUGCAUAAUCAAGAUGCAUGUAAACUCUACAUGCAAAUGUAUUAAAAUAGUCCUUAAAAUCAGUUGUUGUUUUUUUUUUUUAAACUCAGGGAGUUAUCACCUGAAAGAGAUGUAAUCAAAUAUACAUUGUGGAAAUGAGAACAUUUGCUGCUUUUAUCAGAAUGAAAGAUUUAUUUCUAGUAGCAAGACAUUUCAACAUUGACCAUUAAAAUCAUUGUCACCUGUUGUUUUAUAAGUAAAGAAUAAAACACUUGGUGCAUGUUGUCAUUGGAAAAUAAUCAAUUAUGGGGUGACGGGUUGCACUCCCCAAAGUUGAUUAUUUUCCUAUAACAAAGUGUUUUGCUCCUCUUAAACCACAGCAAUUAGCUGACAAUUCAAAUGUUUCAUUCAUUCGUAAAUGAAUGAAACAUUUUUUUUUCUACAUUUAUAGUUACAUUAGAUGUUCUGGAACAUGAACAAAUCAAGUUAGUUCCUAUUAUCACAUAUAACAGCUUGAAAUAUUAUAGCCUGCCUACACUUGUCCCACUUGUCAUUUUACGGAGGAACUGAAAAGCACAAUGUACUCUCUCUUAAAGACUUUCUUAUUGCAGAAAACGUACUGACUGCUACAAAGCACAUGAGACUCCUUCCAUAAACAUACAAAAAUAAACAGCUCCUUAUAAAAAGCUUCAAAAUAUCAACAAUUAUACAUUUUUUAAAUCAGCUUAUUAUUAGGUUUAGAUUAUGUGGUGUGCCCACCAUACAAGUUCCUUCUAAAAGAGCUGUUGCUAUAGAAACUGUAACAUAUUUGAAUGAGUACAUUAAUAGACAUUUGUGCUUUGCCUUGCAGUCAGCACAACUGUCAGAGCUGCUGUUAUAGAAAAUACGCCUUCUGAGCAACCAGCGACGUGGUAGAAUUAUUGUUAUGGCUGUAAGGAAAUGAAGUCAAAGUUAUAAUAUAUAAUAUAUAAAGUAACGCUACACCUUGCUAAUGCAGCUGAUCGAUUUUGGUCUGAAAUGUCCUGCUUUUCUCAAAUCUUUGUGUAUGCUGCAUUUUUUCACUACCUUUACAUUGAUUACUCAAUUUAUAAAAUAUAUAUAUAUAAAAAAAGCCUUUUUCAUAGUUGCCAAGGUGACACCGGACUUUUUGUUCCCAGGCGACCCAGUGUCUCUAAAAUCCAAAAAUGUUACUUGGCACCCUUUUAAGAAAUAUUUUUGAUUAAUUUUAAUGUGUUUGGAAUAUGUGGGUAACGAUUACACAAGACCCAGGUGGCUUGUUCACACAGUUUAAUAUGACGCGGAAGAUGCACUGCCUAUAUAUAUAUAUAUAUAUAAAUAUAUAUAUAUAUAUAUAAAUUACACUUAUUUCUAGAAGUCAUGAAUGUGUUUAGAGAAAUGAUUGGUGCCUCAUUGUGAGUGUUUACAAGGCUGAAUUUUGUAUGUUUGUAAUAGCAUGUUUCAGGUCAAGAAGUAUACGAUGUAUGAAUGUAUAGAUGACACUACUGUUGGUUUUGGUUUUAGUGUCCCCUAAACAUCUGCUGUGCCUCAGAUUAAUAAAAUUAUUCUUGACUUGAA